AUGUCCGACCCAGCGAUCGGUGCCGGGGCAGCGAGCGCUGCCGGCCCUGGGCUCCGAUCCAUCACCACCGUAAUAGACCCCCGGUCUCUAUCGGAUGAAAUCGCACUUUUUUCGAUUAACGCGUCGAAUCGCCCCCAACCCCCCGCCCGGCGGCCACCGAAACGGCCGACACGAAACAAUAUAAUCAGCCGCGAUUCAGAACGCGGCGCGGCGCAACACCUGACAUUAAAAACGGUGACUGAGCGAAUCGACCGGCGCGGUGGCCAGGAGUCCUUAGGCGCUGGCAAGAAUCAAUGCGACCCGGCCGUAGUGACACCACCCAACACCCUCAAAUGUCGUCUAUUGUUGCAGGUGGGCUCCACGAUGGACAUAUCGAAGUACUCGAUAGAGGAGAAGUACCGCUACGGCAUGUACACGGACCCGUCCCGAGGGUACCUCGACUCGGCCGCGCUCUCCAAGGCCUACAUGUACAUGGACCAGCAGCAGCAGCGCCCGUACCCAGUGGACAUCAGCAAGAUGUACUCGGAGGCGUCGGCCGCCAUGGCGGGGCUGGGCUCCGUCAACUCCUCGUCCAGCCUCUCGCCGCGCUCGCCCGCCGAGUCGCCCGACGUGGCGGCCAAGUCCCAAGCGGAGAGCUCCUCGGGCUCCAACCCCUCGCCGUCGCUGCCUUACUACCAGACCCCCUCCAGCUUACUGAUGCCCCAAUACCCGGGCCAGUACGCGCAGGCCGCGCAAGGCGGGCCCGAAUUCCGCAGGCCCCUGACGGUCAUAUUC